ACGCGCUGGAUGAACGUCCCUCAGGUGGUGCACCGAGACCUUACCACACAGUAACGUAACUCGCCUUGGCUCGUCAGCCUCGGCCACCCUUCCCGCGUAAAUUUUAAAUCGAGAGUGAGCGAAGAAAAAGUUUGAAAAAUAAGCUCCAAAAAUCAUUAAAAAAUUCCAGACUAAGCCAUAACGACACUCCAAAAGUGACUCUCGCCUACAUACGAAUCUGAGGUCGUAUUCCGUUUGGCUCGCGCCGGUUGCCUUUUACCAGGCUUAUGGAACAGAGUUGAUUGACCUCGCCGACGCUCGGGAGUUGAGGUAGAAGUGCGUUCUGGUGGUUAAUAAAAACGAAAAAUAAAAAUAAAGAAAAAAGCCAACACCACAAGCCGCCGUCAGGCGAACGAAAACGACGAAAAAAAAAAAACAAAAAAAGGCCCGGAUAGUACGUGAAACGACAUAACUGCGACUUGGACGGCGAGGAGUGGCCGAGAAGAAGAAGAGCAAAUUGGUGCUCCUGAUAGCAGGAGCGCAUGAGAGCUCUGGAGGAGUCAGUGAGACCCGGUGGGACGCGGUCGCAGCGUCAGUCCGGUCCCACCGGUGGCGCCGCUGAUUGGCCAACCACCGACACCAGUGGGGGUACUUCACGGGCCCACUCUACCCCCACCACUGGCCCCGGGCCCAUUGUAAGACGACAGUCGUCCUACGACAGCACCGGCGAACCACAGGCCCCACCCGAGGCCACGGAAUUACAUUUCAAGGUUAUGCUAUUGGGUGACAGCGGUGUGGGAAAAACCUGCCUCCUCACGAGAUUUCGUCACGGUAGAUUCCUCUCGGGGAAUCAUAUAAGCACAGUUGGCAUUGAUUUCAGGAAUAAAGUUGUGACAGUCGGGGACACGAGGAUCAAGCUCCAGAUAUGGGACACCGCGGGCCAGGAGAGAUUUCGGAGUGUAACACACGCGUACUACAGAGACGCUCACGCGCUGCUAUUGCUCUACGACGUGACGAACAAGACUAGUUAUGAUAACAUCAGGGCAUGGCUUGGAGAGAUCCGGGAAUACGCUCAGAAUGACGUUGUCAUUAUGCUACUAGGAAAUAAAGCGGAUUGCGGACCCGAGAGAAUGGUAAAAAAAGAAGAUGGAAAACGUUUGGCCGACGAAUACGACGUGCCCUUUAUGGAGACCUCCGCCCGGACAGGAGCCAACGUUGAGCUGGCAUUCCUCGCAAUCGCAAAACAACUGAAGGCCCGAAAAAAUGCUGAUUUGGACGACACAAAGUUCAACGUUCAAGAUUACGUUCGAGAACAGACAAAGAAGAGUACCUGUUUCAUGACGAACUGUCAGACAACCUGAAUUCAUUGACAUUCACUGUUUAAUUAACGAUCAGCUGAUUUAGCUGAACGAAUAUGAGAGACGAGAGCUGAAUAAAUUGAUGAUGAUAAUGAGAAGCAGACGGAAAUGUUGAUAUUCAGAGGUGCGGGAAACCCAGAGAAUAAAAUAAAAUAAAUAUUCUGUAAUGAAAUUUCUUAGUGAAGUGGCAAAACAAAAUUUGGAGGAUUUUUAUUCAUUUAAAUGAUUGCGAAAUUUUUUUGGGAGUACGAAACUCCCAAAAAUCGGAGAAAUACAUUUUUUUAUGAAUUAAAAAAAUAGGAAACAGUUUCAAAGAUCCCGUUUCAUAAAUAUUCAGCAAUAAAUUAAUAGAGAGAGAAAUUUUCGCGAUUCUUUCCAUUUUUUUAAACAUAAAUUUGUAAUCAAAAACAGUUUAAAAUGUCACGGCUUUGGAGAUUACAAAAUUCAGUGAAAAAUAAUCGAGAUCGGACAGCAGAACAUAAUCGAUUAGAUCAACGUUCAAUAAAUAAAAAUAAUCAAAGUUAAUUGUGUUUAAUCAUCGGUAUUAAUUAUCAGUAAUGAUCAAUACUCAGCUCCACUUCACUAGAGAAUUUCCAAAUUAAUAAAUGGCAGGUCAAAUUAAUACGAGUGAAUGUUGACAUUUGCACUUUCAACAAAAUUUCAAAACUCGUGAAUAGAUUAACAGGACAGGUUCCUAACUACGAAAAAAUACUGAAAAAUGUUAUGCGUAAUUAAGUGGAUGUAAAGUAGCUUCGCUUCGUCAAUAAUCGAAAGACCAAAAAUUAUCUGUCAACAGAAACAACUGUUGAUUGUCAAAUGCAAUCACUGUAUCACUGUAGAUCUAUAAAAGAUCGAUGUAGAUCUAUAGAACAAUCAUUCUGUUGAACCUUCAGCCACUCCACAUAUCCACUAAUUAUUUUCGUUAAUUACUGAUUAACAGGACGUUGUUUAUUCCAACUCAAAGGACCAAAUCCUCAUUCUGUUGCUGCACAAUUUAAAACAAGUGCACAAUACUAUGUUAUUGUAUAAAAUAUAAUUAUUAUUGUUACUGUUCGUUGGAAAAUAGGGGGAGAGGAUUCUUGACUGAUUUUAUGCUUUCGAAAAUUUUAUGUAAAAAUCAAUAAAUUACUUAAAAAUUUAUGAAUGCCGA